AUGUUGUUUUCAUAUGUUCCGACGUUGAUUGCUUUAGCAACAGCUGUCAAUGCUUUGGGAGGCAAACAAAACAUUUUCUUCGAUGGAGGUAAAGACAGAUUACAAUUACACUCCAAGGGUGACUCUGCUACUUUGUUCCUUAACCAAAAUGACUGGCCAGGUGUAAACCGUGCUGGGGAAGAUUUGAGUGCUGAUUUUAAGAGAGUUACUGGACAUCAAUUACCUGUCGCAAAUUAUACUAAAAACAUUUGUCAAAACAUCCACGGACAUGUUGACAGUGCUAUUAUUGUUGGUACUUUGGGAAACAAUACUUUUAUUGAUUCAUUGGUUGACGACAAGAAAAUCAGCACCAAAGAAAUUGAUGGCAAAUGGGAAUCCUAUGUCAUGCAAGUUAUUGAUAAUCCUGCUCCAUGUAUCAAGAGUGCCUUGAUUAUUGCUGGUAGUGACAAGAGAGGUUCUAUUUUUGGUCUUUAUGAUAUUUCAGAACAAAUUGGUGUUUCUCCAUGGUAUUGGUUUGCUGAUGUUGUUCCACAAUCUCAUGAUCAAGUUUAUGUUGACAAGAGCCGUAAGGUUCAAGGGGAACCUGGUGUCAAGUAUAGAGGUAUCUUCCUUAACGAUGAACAACCAGCUUUAGCUGCUUGGGUUCAAGAAUAUUUCCCUGAAGGUAACUACGAUUCCUGGUUUGUUCAUCAAUUCUAUAUCCAUGUCUUUGAAUUGUUGCUUAGAAUGAGAGCUAACUUCUUAUGGCCAGCUAUGUGGGCAAGUAUGUUUGGUGAAGAUGAUCCAGAAAAUCAAUAUUGGGCUGACUAUUAUGGUAUUACUAUGUCCACUUCUCACACUGAACCAUUGAUGAGAGCUACAAACGAGUGGACCGUUUUUGGAAACGGUUCCUGGGAUUACGCCACUAACAAGGAUAAUAUCCUUAAAUUCUGGGAAGCUGGUAUUGUAAGAUCCAAGCCAUUUGACAAUGUCUGGACUGUGGGUAUGAGAGGUUUCGGUGAUAAUCCAAUUUCUGGAGGUGAGGAAACUAGUUUAUUAGAAGAUGUUAUUGCUAAUCAAAGAGUAUUAUUAUCCGAACAUUUUCCUGACGUUAAUGCUGUCCCACAAGUCUGGUGCUUAUACAAAGAAGUUCAAUCAUAUUACGAACAAGGUAUGCCCGUUCCAGAAGACAUCACUUUAUUAUGGGUUGACGAUAACUGGGGUAACAUUAGAAGAUUGCCAUUAUCUAAUGAAACAUAUAGAACAGGUGGUGCUGGUGUCUAUUUCCACUUUGACUACGUUGGUGAUCCAGUUGAUUACAAAUGGAUUAAUACCGUUUCCUUGACUAGAACCUGGGAACAAAUGCAUUUAGCUAAAGAAAGGGAAGCAGACACCAUUUGGCUUGUCAAUGUUGGUGACUUGAAACCAUUAGAAAUUCCAAUUGAGUACUUUAUUUCAUUAGGUUACCAUUAUGAAAAAUGGGGACCAAUUAACACCGUUACCGAAUGGACAGAAGCAUGGGCAGCUAGAGAAUUUGGUCAAUACUACAAAAACACCACUGAAAUUGCUGAUAUUGUUGAUCUUUACGGGUUCUAUGCUGCUAGAAAGAAGUACGAAUCUUUGAACACAACCACCUAUCACUUGUACAACUAUAAAGAAGCUGAAACCGUCUUACAACAAUGGUCAGAUUUGUCCGAUAGAGCUUGGGCUGUUUACAACCAAUUACCUAAGAAUGUCCAACCAUCCUUUUUCCAAUUAGUUCUUCACCCUGUUUAUGCUGGUUACACUUUCCAUGACAUCCUUCUUUCUGCUGGUAAGAACAACUUGUAUGCUGAACAAAGAAGAAACCAAGCAAAUUCCUUAGCUGCUUAUGUUCAAAAGAGAUUCGGUGAUGAUCAUUCUUGGAAGUUACAAUGGGAUUCUAUGCUUAAUGGUAAAUGGAAUCAUAUGAUGGAUCAAACUCAUUUGGGUUAUUUCUACUGGCAACAGCCAAUGAGAGAUGUCAUGCCACCAGUUUCUAUUCUUCAACAAGAUGACAACGCUUUAUCUGGAUCUUUGGGUGUUUCUGUUGACCAAUCAAGAGGUGCUGUUCCAGGUGAUGACUUAUACAAUGCUGUUUCUUAUUCAAACAACACCUUAGUUUUACCUCAACAAGAUCCCUACACUGCUGGUACCUACAUUGACAUUUUCAACAGAGGUAAUGAAGAUGUUACUUUCAACGUUACUGUAUACUCCGACUUUGUCAAGGUUAUUCCAUCUGAAGGCUUUAUUUCUGCUACAAACGACAGUAUCUGGAACUCAAUUAGACUUGAUGUUGAAAUUGACUGGAAGAAUGCUCCUGAUGGUUGGAAUAUCGUAUUCAUGGAUAUUAACUCCAAUGGUACCUAUGGUUAUUUUGGUAAUCCAAGUGUUCAUUUACCAAUCCAAAAGAAUGAAGCUCCUAAGGAUUUCCAUGGUUUCGUUGAAGCUGGUGAAUUGAUCUCUAUUGAAGCUGAACAUUUCUCAAGCAACAAAUCUGCUAAUGGUACUUACUUUGUCACUAUUGACAGAUAUGGUAGAACUUUAUCCGGUGUUACUUUAUUCCCUGUUACUUGUGAUUCUCAACCAGCUGAAGAUGAUGCAUCUCAUUUAGAAUAUGACUUCUACUCAUUCUCCACCCCAGAAUACGGUACCAACAUCACUGUCUACACUUCGCCAUCGCUUAACACCAAUCCUCAUCGUCCAUUGAAAUACGCUAUUGCUGUUGAUGAUGAAAAACCACAAGAAGUCCAACUUGUAUUUGAUCCAACCAACCCUCUUGACAUGCCUGAUAACUGGGAAUCUGCUGCUUCUGACACUAUUUGGCUUCAUAACACCACCCACAAGAUCACUAAAGCUGGUCAACAUACCUUGAAAUUAUGGGCUUUGGAACCAGGUGUGGUUUUCCAAAAAGUUGUUGCUGAUUUUGGUGGUGUCCAAUAUUCCUUCUUUGGUCCUCCAGAAACCUACCAUCAAUAA